AUGGCACGCACGGUCGACAAACUCCCAGAUCCGCCCGCCUCGCCAAAAGUCAAGCUCAUCGUAGCAAGUUGCAGCCGCACCGCCACGCUGGGCGUCUACCAGGCGCUCAAAAUACUGGGUUACCGCCCCUACCACCUCUACGAAUUGUCCAUGGUGGGCGGCGACCCACACUGGGAGACUUUGAUCCAAGGCAUGCACGCGCGCCAUGACAGGCUCUCCAGCCCGACCUGCCAACCUCCGUACACCAAGCGCGAGUUCGACAGGUGGUUCGCUGGGUAUGAUGCCGUUGUGGAAGUGCCCGCCUUCUUCGGCACCGACUGCCUCGAAGCAUACGUCGCAGAUCCCGAAGUCAAGUUCAUCUUGACCGAGCGCACGGCCCGCAGCUGGGCCAGGAGUUUUAACGGCUUCAUCGGCGAGGUUGUGCGCGCGAUUGAGAAGCCCCCGCUAAGCAUCCUCAGACACUUCAGCCGGACGCUGAAUUACUUCUGCGUCAUGAACGUGGAUGUGUAUAACCUGUGGUCUGAUUCGACGAGACCAGGCGACUCGCGCAACGAGGAGGCGCUGAUGCGGAAUUACGAGCGGUAUAUCAGGGAUGUGAAGCGAGUGAUACCCCCGGAACGGAUGCUGGUGGCGAAGCUGGAGGACGGGUUGGGCUGGGAGAAGAUCUGUGCGUACCUGGGCAAGGAUGUGCCAAAGGAUGUGCCGUUUCCGAGGGCUGUCAACCAUGAGGAUGUGAAGGACAAGUGGAGGUGGCCGGUGAUGAGGGAUGCCACCAUCAAGUUCGUCCUGACUGUGACUCUGCCGGUUGUGCUGGGAAUGAGCGUGUGGUGGAUGCGGUCCAGGUCAAGCUGA